GCGCGCCAUCAUUGGCCACUCAAACCACCCCCAAAAUUCUCGACUGUCACUCAUUAUAUACUCACACUCGCCAUCAAUGGCUGCCGCUCCCAUGCGCAUCCCCCCACCCAAUUUGGGGCUUCCCCAUUCUCCAGUUUGAACGCUAAGAAAAACAGUUCCAGAAGCCAACAAAUUUCAAUUUCCGCAAAAGAAGAACAGAUUCAAAGUCAAAAUUCGAUUCCAAGUCGCACUCCGAGUCCGCCCGCUUUCUAGGUUUUAUACCGUGUAGAACAAGUUCGUGGAAUUCUCGCCAAUUGAGAGGUGCUUCUGGAAUUCUUUUUUAAUUAAUUUCUGCUGAUUUUGUUUUUACUCCGUUGAUUCCGCUUCAAAUUCGGCGAGCUUCAUUAAUUUGGAGGCUGUCCCCGCAAUCGGUGCUGAAAAGGAUUGGAUUCGAAUGUUUUCGUUUCGAUAUGAGAAUUGAUUGAUAUAUAUAUGAGAGGGAGAUCGAGUUUGGUGAUGAUUUAGGGUUUCGGAUUUGAUCUUGGGGGUGAAAUGUGGGGGUAUUAUGAUCUGAGAUUGGUUUGAGCUUCAGCUAGUUCUGUUGCCGGUUUAAAUGGCGAUGGGGAUGUCGGCGGCGGCGGCGGGGGAGCGGUGGUGAGGCGGUGGGGAUGGGGUGCGUCUCGUCUAAGCAGACGGUGUCCGUGACGCCGGCGGCGCUGGAUAAUUCCGGCGCACUGAAUGGCGGAUCGGGGAGGAGUAGGGUUGGGAGCUUCGGCGGGGGCGGCGCCGCCGGGUUGGUGGCGGAGCUGGAGCUGAACAUGAAGAAGGUGAAGAAGAGAGGGGCAACUGAGUCGGGCAGCGAGUUGGGCGAGUCGGGCAGGACGAGUGAGUCGGUGAGUUUCCGGCUCGGGAAUCUGCACAAGUACGUGGAAGGGGAGCAGGUCGCCGCCGGCUGGCCGGCGUGGCUGAGCGCCGUCGCCGGCGAAGCCAUUCAGGGAUGGGUCCCACUUAAGGCCGAUAAUUUUGAAAAACUCGAAAAGAUUGGCCAAGGGACGUAUAGUACCGUAUUCAAAGCGCGGGAAUUCGAAACCGGAAAAAUAGUUGCUUUAAAGAAGGUUCGAUUCGACAAUUUCGAGCCGGAGAGUGUUCGUUUCAUGGCUCGGGAGAUCAUGAUCCUUCGCCGUCUCGAUCAUCCGAAUAUCAUAAAAUUAGAAGGAUUAAUCACAUCUCGAUCAUCAUGCAACAUUUAUCUCGUUUUCGAGUAUAUGGAGCAUGAUAUAUCGGGACUCCUAGCUUCGCCGGGCAUCACUUUCACCGAAUCUCAGGUGAAAUGCUACGUGAAGCAAUUGCUAUCCGGGCUCGAGCAUUGUCACGCUCGAGGCGUGAUGCAUCGCGACGUCAAAGGCGCGAAUCUAUUAGUCGACAACGAAGGAGUUUUGAAGGUCGCCGAUUUCGGAUUGGCGAACUUUUGCACGUACGGGCAAAGGCAACCCUUGACGAGUCGAGUAGUCACUUUGUGGUAUCGACCGCCGGAGCUUCUAUUAGGAUCGACCGAUUACGGGGCGUCUGUCGAUCUUUGGAGCGUCGGAUGCUUAGUCGCCGAGCUCAUGAUCGGAAAACCCAUCCUUCAAGGAAGAACUGAGGUCGAGCAGCUCCACAAAAUCUUCAAGCUCUGCGGAUCGCCGCCCGACGACUACUGGAAAAAAUCGAAACUUCCCCACGCGACGUUGUUCAAGCCGCAGAAUCCGUACAAGAGCACCCUUUGGGAAAGCUUCAACGAUCUACCGGAGCCGGCCGUCGCUCUUAUAGAAAUGCUUCUUUCCGUUGAGCCGUACCGGAGGGGCACCGCGAGCUCGGCUCUGACGUCGGAGUAUUUCAAGACGAAGCCGUUCCCUUGCGACCCGUCGACGUUGCCAAAGUACCCGCCGAGUAAGGAGAUCGAUAUUAAGCAUCACGAAGAAGCCGCUAGAAAAAAACUCAGCGGAAGACCUCGCGGCGGCCCGGAGACGAGGAAGCCGGCGAAGAAACAAAACGGGAUCCAUAAACUAGCCCCCGAAGAGAACUUGCCGGCGCAAACGCAAAAAAUGGACAGGCUCGGAAUGGGCGAUCGUAAACAAUUGAGUCGGGAGUGUUCGAAGCCGCCGAUUGGUAGCAUAAAAGAGGUUGCCCAUUCGAAAAAUGCGUCUCAAGGCGACGAUACUUACGCCGGCCCUCUACAAGUUUCGGGAUCGAGUGGUUUCGCUUGGGCGAAAAGGAGGACGAUCGAGUCAUCAUUGAGAUCGCGGAGCCGGUCGAGUUCUCGAAGCCUAAUCAUCGAAUCUUCGGGUCCUCUUCAUUCAACGAGCAAUGCGGAUUCGAACGGCGGAGAAAACGACGAGGUCGUAAAUGGGUCGAAAGGACUCGAUUCGUACGAAGCCGUCAAGCGAUCGAUGCUCAAGCAAUGGAGCCAAUUGGAGCGACCCGACUCGUUCGACAAUUCCGACGGGUACCACUCGCAAGAACUCUCCGCGGCGCUCUACCGUAAAGAGGAAGUCGCAGCAAAGAGGAUCAACGCGGUUUACAACCAUCAAGGGGAGAAGGUCGAGUUUUCGGGACCUUUGCUUACUCAAUCGCAAAGAAUCGACGAGCUUUUGGAAAAGCACGAGCGCCACAUUCGCCAGGCCGUUCGAAGGUCGUGGUUCCAACGAGGGAAGAGAAACAUGAAGUAGUUACUAAUUCAAAUGCUUGGAAUCUACGAGAGUAGCCGGACCGGGACAAAGUUUGCGCUAUACUUGCCACGGGAUCUAUCAUCGUGGAAAAGAAUUGACAUUUUUUGACUACUAACAAUGUAUCGACUUCGACCGGUGAAGUUGGAGGAUACGGUCGAGUUGGAUUCCUAGCGUUUCCUUUGAGAUAUUUACGACGAUACGGGUAAGCCAACUGAGCGAAUUCUCCCGUCUCUCCAAGAGUUGCUAUUCCAUGCUCGGCGCGAUGAGAAGGGCUAAAUGGUAAAAGUUUUUGGGUGAAAAAUCAUCGAUGUUGUUAGCGAUUUUGUCUCGAGUUGGAGUUUUUUGUAUCGUUUUAUUCGAUUGUAUACUUAAUUUUUGAUGAGUUAUGUGAUGUUUUAAAUGAAAGUUUUUAUUAUACCUUUA